AUGUUUCCCUCAGUCAAAAACACACUAAGUCAUCUCCAAGUUCAAAGCAUUAAGCGAACAAUGGCAAGGCAGAGCCACCAGAAAUGUAUUCCUGAUUUUCAUGACAAAUAUGGUAAUGCUGUAUUAGCUAACGGAGCCACUUUCUGUAUUGCUGUAUGGAUAUAUGUAGCAAUACAAAUCGGAAUAGAAUGGAACCUGUGCCCUACUGGGAGACUCACUCUAAAGGAAAGGAGAGAUCAGAAAUCAUCCCAGUUGGCCAGGCACGGUGGCUCAAGCCUGUAA